GUGACUGUACUGUACUGCUGUGUUAUGGCUGGAGGAGGGGUAAGGUUAAGGGGAGCAGCAGCAGGCCUGGUCCUCUCUCUGUGUCUGGUGGUGUCCUGCUGGGCCGGUAAACUCCUGGUGAUCCCAGCCGACGGCAGCCAUUGGACGGGCAUGAAGCCAUUGGUGGAGGAGCUGGGUCGCCGCGGUAACCAGGUGGUGGUGGUGAUUCCAGAGGUAAGUGGCUCUCUGGGUCCGUCGGAACACACCAUCACUCUGACCUACCCCGUGCCCUACACCCAGACCCAGCUCCAGACUAUUCAGAGGGCCAACCUGGACACCAUCAUGGCCUCCGACACCUCCAACGACAUCAGCAGGAUGUGGAGUUACUACCAGACCCUGACAGUUCUCAGGAACUACACCCGUAACAACUGUGACAGCCUGCUAGCCAACCAGGACAUGAUGCAGACUCUGAGGGAGCAGGGGUUUGAUGCCAUGCUGACUGACCCCUUUGAGCCAGUGGGCGUGAUUGUAGGAGCACUCCUCUCCCUGCCUGCCAUCUUCAUUCAGAAUGGCCUGCCUUGUGGAACGGACCUCGAGGCCUCCCAGUGCCCCAGCCCCCCCUCCUACACCCCCGGACGCUUUACUCACUUCCCUGAUCACAUGACCCUGAGGCAGAGGAGCGUCAACUUCCUGUGGGCGUUGCUCCGCCCCCUGGCCUGCAGGUACCUGUACUCUGAUGUCAACCCUAACCCAGGGGUACUCAAAUACCAUUUGAGACGGUCCGGUCAGACAAAUGUCCUAGGUGGCAAGGGUCCGGAUGGAUAUUGGCAUUUAUCAGUGUAGUAACAAAUGCCCUCCUUGCAUCCAAUGCGAUCCCAAACUGUUGAAACUGUUCACACCCCUCUUAUUGGCAGAGAAAAAAUUGCAGUUUUAAAGCUAAUUUCCUGCAAUUAUACACAUUAUGCCAUGGAGCGAAGGAAAAGAUCCCGACCGAAUUCCCUCCAUCAAAUUGUAUAUAUUUUUUGUUAGGACCCAUGGUCCAUAUUGACCCAGUUUUGGGUCUGGAUCCAGUCCGCGGUCUGCCUAUUGAGUAUGGCUGCCUUAACCCCUGACCUCAAACCCUUGUCCUGCAGGUACCUGUACUCUGAUGUCAACGUCAUCGCCUCAGAGAUCCUGGGGAGAGAGACCACCAUCCCAGAGCUGAUGAAGAGGGCAUCACUGUGGCUGGAGCGCUACGACUUUACCUUAGAGUUCCCCAGGCCUCUGAUGCCUAAUAUGGUGAUGAUCGGAGGAAUUCACUUUGAAGAGCCAAACGAACUGCCAGAGGUAGCUAUAAGCUAUUGA